UUCACUUAACCCAAAGACAGUGUUUGUUGUGAUCCUCAAUUUUAUUUUUUUUAGUCAUUUCUUAUCAGUGAAAGUGUGUCAUUACCCUCAAUAGUAACUAAAAAUGAGUGCAGUUGAGUUGCUGAAGAAGGCUGUGGAGUUUGACGAGGCUGGACGACACAUGGAGGCUAUGAAACUCUACGAAGAGGGAGCAGAAGGUUUAGCCACAAUCGCAAAAAAUGAAAGCAAUGCUGCUGCAAAGACACACUAUGAAACUAAAGUGCGAGAGUAUCGCGAUCGAGCGAAAAUCCUUAAGGAGAAAUAUGUUAGAAUGUCUUCCAAGGGUGAAAUUAAGGACAAGAUUCAUAUUGUGGAGGAUUCUAUGGGUCACAGUUACCAAAGUCUCUUCGGCAAGUACUUAAAUGAUGUUGUCGAAGAGAUUACUGUUGAAGAACCCUAUUUAAGGGAGCAUUUUCAACUCACAAACCUUGUGAUGUUUUGCGAAUUAGCAGUAACAAGUUGUCGCAAUCUUAAGUUUAUCAACGUAACAACUUGUCCGACAGAAGGAGUUGAUCAAAUUGAUGCAUUCAAGCAAUUGAAAGACAGUCUAAAGCGCACGCGAGGCAUUAAUUUGAGCGUUGAAUUUUCGAAAACCACCCACGAUAGGCAGAUAAUACUCAGCAAUGGGUACAUAAUCAAAAUAGGACGAGGGCUGAAUUACUUCAAGAGGGCAGAAAAAUACUCCCUCGGAAUCUACAAUUUUGACUUUCGUGAGUGUCGAGAGACUAAUGUGGACAUUUUCUUUUGUCCGGAGAAUAUAAAGUAAUUAGAAUAUUUAACAAUUAGGCGACUGAAUUAAUUUUAAAUGUGAAUUGCCAAUUUGCCAACAUUUUUUUUUUAUUUGCGCCAAAGCUCGAGAGAGAAGUUAAAGUAAACCCCAUUCGCAAUUAAUAAUUGAAAUUUUGUAAUUGCGGCACGAGACUCUCUUUUUUGAGGGAAUUUGGCAAACCAAUCAACCGUUCAAAUUAUGUAUCCUUUAGCGCCUGUUUAAACAAUCUGGCCGCCCGGCACGCCAGUGAAUUUUCACGCGCGAGGGGCCAGUAAUCCAUUUUUAAUUUGAUCAAAUGACAGUACGCUAAUGCCGCGGAUUUACUCCAGCGCCCGCCCACAAAAUUCAAAUAACAUUCUAAUUAAAUAAACGCUCAGCCAUAUGGCAUUAUUGGUUUAAAUGCUGCUCCGCGAGUUGAAAUUGGCGCUUUUUGCAAAUACCAUGGUCCCAUAAUGUGUACAUAAUACAUACGUAAUUGCCGUGUAUGAUGACUCACACCGCGUCUGAUCAAUGGGGCUUCAUCAAUCGACUGGCCAGCUCUAAACCUAACCGCAGAGUACACCUUCAAUGGUUAAUUGCACCGCAGAGAGUUAACAAGCUCUUUUCGAUUAUUUUCUAUGCAGACAAAGUGCUAUGAUUCGGGGGCUUUAAUUAGAAUAUUUGACAUAUAUUUUCUCCCAGGUCGUUUCUGUAUAAACCAUAUUUUUAAUUUCUUUUAAUGCGAUUGUACAGUUACCAGAAUUUUCAGUCACUACCAAUAAAUGUAUUUUUUAAAAGAACAGAAAACAUUGUUCUGAUCAGCUUUCGAAAUUGGGAAUUUGAACUGCAGAAAAAUGAAUCCAUCAAAGUAUUUUUUUUAAUCUGAAAUACUUUAAAAUGCCUUUUAAUUACGUCUCUUGCUUCAAUAUCAGGGGUAUGUAAUUAUUCGAGUUCGCAAUUUGAGUACAGAGAGGAGCAAUGACAUGAAAUUCCAGCUCCUAAAAUUAUAUACCUUGAAAGGCCGAAAACCGAUAUUUUUUUCAUUCCGAUUUAUGUAGGUUUAGUCGUAAAAAUACUACAUCGGCCAUUAAGGAUGCCCAUUGGCACCCAAUGAAAACUGGCGUAAACGAUACAAUUUAAUUUAAUGCAUGCAUGGCUAUAGAGAGAGAAUAUAAAUAUGAUAAAAUCCCAUGAACUUAAACUGAUUGAAUCACAAAAACCAAUUUUGUGUGGUCGAGAAUUGAAUAUAUCGCAUGGAAUUGGCUUGUAUUAUUUGUUACCUAUCGUCAUUUUUAAUCAGUGUUUGCAUAUAGAAUUAUCUCAAUUUCUCUUGCUGCCGGGCGGAAUAUUUAAUUGUGGUUUGUGUUUGGUAAAUGAAUGGAUGUUUGGUGUCCCUCUACCCUUUGUACACGCACUGUGCGCGUUUGUUUUCCGAUCGGGGGAGGGAAAUGCUAAAGCCCCGACUCUUAAAUCGUGUAAAAUUCACAUAGCCAUCACCAAUCCAAUGGAACACUUUGUCAUAACAUUUCCACCUUUUCCAUCCAUUUCACCAUCAACAAUUGUUUUGUAUGCACAAGUGGGAGACAAAUGUAAAUAAGCACGACAAUUGUGUAAACGAGUAAAUUUAAUAAUACCCUGA